UUGUAGUGGUGUAUCUGAAAAUUAAUUUGUAUAGGAAUUUUGUUGGCAAAAAUUUAAAGGAAAAACAAAUAUGAUACAUAGUUUGUUUAUAGUAAAUAAUAGUGGGGAUGUGUUUCUCGAAAAACACUGGCGUUCAGUUGUAUCCCGUUCCGUAUGUGACUAUUUUUUAGAUGCACAGAGAAAUUCACAAAAUGAUGUGCCCCCAGUUAUUUCAACUCCCCAUUAUUAUUUGAUUACCGUUCAACGUAAAGGCAUCUCUUUGGUAGCAGCCUGUAAACAAGAGGUUCCACCUCUAUUUGUUAUUGAAUUUUUACAUCGUGUUGUCGACACAUUUGAAGAUUAUUUUGCCGAUUGCUCCGAAUCGAUCAUUAAGGAAAACUAUGUGUUGGUCUAUGAGUUGUUGGAUGAAAUGUUGGAUAAUGGCUUCCCCUUGGCCACUGAGAGCAAUAUAUUGAAGGAGUUGAUUAAGCCGCCAAAUAUUUUGAGAACAAUAGCCAAUACAGUGACGGGUAAAAGCAAUGUUAGUACCAUCUUGCCUCAAGGACAACUUUCGGCUAUACCCUGGCGAAGAAGCGGCGUACGCUACACCAACAAUGAAGCCUAUUUUGAUGUUAUCGAAGAGGUAGACGCCAUUAUUGAUAAAUCGGGCUCGACAGUCUUUGCUGAAAUCCAAGGAUAUAUUGACUGUUGCAUCAAAUUGUCUGGCAUGCCUGAUCUGACAUUAUCCUUUAUGAAUCCGCGUCUCUUCGAUGAUGUGUCCUUUCAUCCAUGUGUACGUUUCAAGCGAUGGGAAGCCGAACGUUUGUUGAGUUUUAUACCACCUGAUGGUAAUUUCCGUUUAAUGUCCUAUCACAUCAAUGCACAAUCUGUGGUAGCUAUACCCAUAUACAUACGCCACAAUUUCUCUAUAAAGACGGGAGAACAAGGACGUUUGGAUUUGACAGUGGGCACUCGAACACUUAUGGGUCGUUCAGUGGAUAAGGUCAAAUUGGAAAUAGCUAUGCCAAAGUGUGUUUUAAAUUGCAUAUUGACACCAAAUCAAGGCAAAUAUACCUUUGAUUCUGUGUCGAAAACUUUAACCUGGGAUGUGGGGCGCAUAGAUGUUACAAAUUUGCCAAAUAUCAGAGGAACUGUCUCCAUACCUCCCGGCACUCCUAGCUUGGGCUCCAAUCCCACCAUUAAUGUGCAAUUUACCAUUUCUCAAAUGGCCGUUUCUGGCCUUAAAGUCAAUCGCUUAGAUAUGUAUGGUGAAAAGUAUAAGCCUUUCAAAGGUGUCAAAUAUAUAACUAAGGCUGGCAAAUUCCAAGUUCGCAUGUAAAGAUAAAAGUGCUGAGUCAGCUUAAACUCUUAAAUUAAUCCAUUAUUUUUUAAAUAAAACAAUUAGUGUUAAGAAAUUUGCAAAAAUCUCACUCACAAUUAA